CAUCAAGGUGCAAGGGAAGAAGAUAAAAUACAGGAAAGAAGUACAGAAAAAUGCAGACCAGCUCGACAUUCCUAUUCCUGAAUAUCUUUCUUUGCUUUUGUCUUUGGAAAAUCGUCGUUGCCGACGACAAGCUGAGGGUUGCUUUUCAAUGGAAGCAACUCGAAUACGAAUGGCCGAGCAACAAUACCAAGCAGCUGUUUCCAGGAUACAAGCAAGAGGACAACCUACCCCUUGGCCUCGAAAUUACUAGUAACAGGAUUUUUGUCACCGUUCCGAGAUGGAGGCUCGGAGUUGCAGCCAGUUUAAAUUAUUUCUACAUUAAUGAUACUCGUGAAUCUCCUACUUUGAUUCCUUACCCUUCGUGGGAAGCGCACCAAUACAAGGAUGAAAAUGUACCAGAGAUCAUUUCCACAUUUCGAAUUCGCGCAGAUCGUUGCGAAAGACUGUGGGUCCUCGACACGGGAUUCACCGAUAUUUUAGAUAGUCCGGAACAACAAUCAUCACCGGCGUUGCUCGUAUACGAUCUAACGACCGAUCGAUUGUUACGAAAAUUCGUUAUUCCAGAGGAUCAAAGAACACCUGAUUCUCUUUUCGCCAAUAUCGCUAUCGAAGAUUAUUCUUGCGAGGACGCUUAUGCUUACCUAGGCGAUCUGGGUGGACCAGGGCUCGUAGUUUAUUCAUGGAAGAUGGGUAAAUCGUGGCUCGUCAAACAUCAUUUCUUCCAUCCUGAUCCUCAGGGUGGAGAGUUCAAUGUAUCAGGGAUCUCGUUUCAAUGGACGGAUGGGUUGUUCGGUAUGAGCCUCGCACCCACAGGUGAUGGAUACAGUACCAUGUAUUUCCAUCCAUUAUCCAGUAGCAUGGAGUUCUCAGUCAGUACUAAGCUGCUUAGAGAUCCUCAACGUGCCACUUCUUCGGAAUAUUUCCACGAGUUCUAUGCUCUAGGAUCUCGAGGACCGAAUGGUCAAAGCAGCGUCAGCUUUUUGGACCCAAAUACGGGUGUUCUUUUCUAUGCAUUGACCAACAAGAACGCUAUCGCCUGCUGGAGACCCCAAAAUACGUUCAUGAUCCAGCAACAAGAUUUCAUUUACAUGGAUAACGUUACAAUGAUCUUUCCAAAUGAUUUAAAGAUUGACCAAAAUGGCAAUAUUUGGGUGCUGUCGGACCGUCUGCCUACAUUCAUGUACCUCCGCUUAGACCCCGAAGACUACAACUUCCGAAUUCUCAGAGGCUCUACCAAAAACGCCAUAGAAGGCACCGUCUGUUCGAUGAACCCACCUCCAACCACGAACAUCCCACGUGGUGUUUUUCCAAACUUACAAAACACAAUCACUUCAAAAGCACCUGUGCUCUCCGGUUGCACGAAAAAUUCCGAAUUGAGCUUAGUCUCGAUAAUUGCCUGCGUGCUCAUUCUGAGAAGGUUCAUUAAUUAUACUAUGGAAAAAGUGGAAAGUUCGAUACCAGGACUCGGACCACUUCCUGGGAGAAAUGACCGACUGAAAACUGCAUAUACUUUCCUCAAAGGAAGAAGACAAGUAGACGGCGCGGAAGACCUCUGGAGAGUCAGAAACAGUUUGUACGAUUUGGAAGGUUUUGCCAGAAUUCAUCCAGGAGGAGAAGAAUGGAUCCGCCUCACCAAAGGCACUGAUAUUACAGAGAUUUUCGAAUCGCAUCAUUUGACGGACAAGGCUAGUAAUAUCCUCCCUAAGUAUUUCGUGAAGGAGGCAGUUACACCACGAUCGGUGCCAUUAACGUUCGAACCGAAUGGAUUUUUCUGCACUUUUAAGAAACGCGCGGUGGAAGCGUUGAAAAACGUCGAUUUUCAUCGGCCAUCGAAGAAGACAAACCUCAUUGCUGAUCUUCUCGCUAUGACAGCUAUCACUCUCAGUCUCGCAGCAGUUUCCAAGCAAUCAUAUUUGAUCAUCGUUUUCGCUGCGAUUUUCCACGCGUGGACCACAAUAGCAGCUCACAAUUACGUUCACAUGAGAGAUAAUUUCCGAAUGUACUAUCUUGAUCUGAGUACAAUGUCCUCAAAGGACUGGCGGGUAACGCACGUGAUGAGCCAUCACACUUAUCCAAAUACCCUUUGGGAUUUUGAAGUUUAUACGGCUGAACCUUUCCUUCAGUGGCUACCAGACAAAAGGAAAACCAUGCUUAACAGUUUCCUGAGUCAACUUAUAAGCCCUAUAUUCUGGGCUUUUACGUUUAUCGAGCAAGCAGUGAAAAGAUAUUACUCGGUAUUCUUUCAAUAUAGGAAAUUCGAAUUCCGGGACGCUGUACCUUUCUUCCUUCCACUAACGAUGGUAUUCUUUGCCCCAAACUAUUUAACAGCUUUGAAAUUCUGGUUUUUAAUCAUUAUGACCAGCAGUUUUAUAUUCUCUAUGAUUGGUUUUAAUGCGGCGCAUCAUCAUCCCGAUAUUUUCCACGAUGGUGAUGUAUACAGGGACGAUCUUGAUUGGGGUUUGUUGGAAUUGGACGCGGUGAGAGAACGUAAGGUGAUCGACGAUUCCAAUUUUUUGGUGUUGACCAAUUUCGGUUUACACGGUCUGCACCAUCUAUUACCAACUGUCGAUCAUUGUUAUUUACCUUUAUGUGUAAAAGCGUUCGAAGAAACUUGUAAGGAAUUUGGAAUCAGCACAGAUAAGUUUAGCCAGUGGGAGCUGGUUAAAGGACAAUUUCAGCAGUUGUCGCGUAAAGAAAUUAAAAAGAAUUACAGAUAAAUAUAUAAAUAAAUAGAACGAAGCAGCAAUUACGUUUAAAGCAACGAUCGAUGCAAGUAUUGAAGAUGAUUUAGGUGUAGAUGUAGUUUUCUGUAAUUUCCUUACUUGUUUUGAGUUGUGUGAAAUAAAAAUAAGACUGACGGGUUCAGAAAAAAAUGCAGCUGUUAAAAAGGAAUAUGAAAUAUGUAUUAU